AUGUCUUCCGCUUUAUUUGCUGUUUCCAGGUCAGCAAUGGCUUUAAGAACUGCUGCUGUUGCCACUAAACCAGUAUCCAUCAAAACCUCAUCUUUCUUAACAUUGGCUAGACUUUAUUCAUCGGGUAAAUUCCCACCACACACUGUCAUUCAUAUGCCUGCCUUAUCUCCAACUAUGACUUCAGGUGGUAUUUUAGAAUGGACCAAGAAAGUUGGUGACGAAUUAGCUCCUGGUGAACCAAUUGCUGAAAUUGAAACUGAUAAAGCAUCAAUGGAUUUCGAAUUUCAAGAAGAAGGUUACUUGGCCAAAAUUUUGAAAGAAGCUGGCUCCAAGGAUGUUCCAGUUGGUGAACCAAUUGCUGUUUAUGUUGAAGAUGCUAGUGAAGUUUCUGCAUUUGAUAGUUUUACUGCCGCUGAUGCUGGUGAAGCACCAAAACAACCAGCACCGGAAAAGGAAGAAGAAUCGAAACCAAAAGAACAGGAAUCCAAGUCAGAGGAACCAAAAAAGACUGAAUCUAAACCAUCAACAUCGAGCUCCUCCGCAAAAUCUUCCUCUGCCAAACCAUCAGGAAGAAUCUUUGCCUCACCUUUAGCCAAGACCAUUGCUUUGGAAAAGGGUAUUUCAUUGAAACUGGUUAAAGGUACUGGUCCACAUGGUAGAAUUGUUGCCAAGGAUCUUGAAGGUCUUGAGCCAGCACAAGCUGCUUCAGCCGCCUCCUCUACUGCUGCUACUGCUACUCCUGCAGGUGCUACUUAUGAAGACAUCCCAUUGACCAACAUGAGAAAAACUAUUGCCACUAGAUUAUUACAAUCAACUCAACAAUCACCAACUUAUAUCAUCCAAUCACAAAUUUCAGUCUCAAAAUUAUUGAAAUUACGUGCUUCUUUGAAUGCAUCAGCCGAAGAUAGAUACAGAUUAUCAGUUAAUGAUCUUUUGAUCAAAGCUAUUGCUGUUGCAUCAGUCCGAGUACCACAAAUCAACUCGGCUUGGUUGGGUGACCAAGGUGUCAUUAGACAAUACAAAAAUGUUGAUGUUUCAGUUGCCGUUGCCACUCCAACUGGUUUAAUAACUCCAAUCAUCAAAGAUGCUCAAAACAAGAGAUUAUCUGCCAUUUCUAACGAAAUCAAAGAUUUGGGCAAGAGAGCCAAGAUUGGCAAAUUGAACCCAGAAGAAUACCAAGGUGGUACUAUCUGUAUUUCCAACUUGGGUAUGAACCAUGCUGUCACUGCCUUCACAUCAAUCAUCAACCCACCACAAUCUGCAAUUGUUGCUAUUGGAACUACUGAAAAGAAAGCAGUACCCAGUGAUGUCAACGAACAAGGAUUCGUUUUUGAUGAUGUUUUGACAAUUACUGGUACUUUUGAUCACAGAGUCGUAGAUGGCGCUCUUGGAGGUGAAUGGAUUAAAGAAUUGAAGAGAAUUGUGGAAAAUCCAUUGGAAAUGUUGGUUUAG